UAUUUGUCUCUCGAACCAUGUGAAAAGCGAACAAUAUAAGAGCUUAUUUGUUGUUCAUAGUUAAAUAACCAAUUUCUUCAGUCUUUUUUUAAUACUUAGAUUAGCCGUUAACACCUUGUACUUAAACAGCUACCCCAAAACCAACCACAAGGAAAAGGAGAGAGAGAGAGAUAAAGAAACAGAGCAACAAUGGCGAAAUUAAAUCGUUCCAUUGUUGGUCUGUCACUGUUACUAUCGUUGUUGCUCUGCGACUUUAUAAUCGAUCUUGAAGCUUCACAACAAGAUCUCAACCAACCGUACCGGACCGGUUAUCACUUUCAACCUCCAAGAAAUUGGAUGAACGAUCCUAAUGGACCAAUGAUAUACAAAGGAAUAUACCACUUAUUCUACCAAUAUAACCCAUACGGCGCCGUUUGGGAUGUAAGAAUCGUAUGGGGUCACUCCACGUCAGCUGACUUAGUGAACUGGACCCCACAACCUCCAGCUUUCAAUCCAUCUCAGCCGUCAGAUGUCAACGGUUGUUGGUCAGGCUCCGUCACGAUUCUACCAGAUGGCAAACCGGUGAUCCUCUACACCGGCAUUGACCAAAACAAAAGUCAAGUCCAAAACAUCGCCGUUCCGGUUAACGUCUCCGAUCCGUAUCUCCGAGAAUGGUCAAAACCGACGUUAAAUCCUCUCUUGGCUCCUAACGCCGUCAACGGAAUUGACCCUGAUAGGUUCCGAGAUCCGACCACCGCGUGGCUAGGACGCGACGGAGAAUGGCGAGUCAUCGUCGGAAGCUCGACGGACGAUCGUCGAGGAUUAGCGAUUCUUUACAAAAGCAGAGAUUUUUUCAAUUGGACUCAGUCGACGAAGCCUCUUCACUACGAAGACUUAACCGGAAUGUGGGAAUGUCCGGAUUUUUUCCCGGUUGCGAUAACCGGAUCAGAAGGUGUGGAAACGUCGUCGUUUGGUGAUGUAAAGCACGUGCUUAAAGUGAGUUUGAUUGAGACAUUACAUGAUUAUUACACGAUCGGGACUUACGAUCGUGAGAAAGAUGUUUAUGUACCGGAUCUUGGAUUUGUGCAAAAUGAAUCGGCUCCGAGAUUAGAUUACGGGAAAUAUUACGCGUCGAAAACGUUUUUCGAUGAUGUGAAGAAACGAAGAGUCUUGUGGGGCUGGGUUAAUGAAUCUUCACCAGCUAAAGAUGAUAUUGAGAAGGGUUGGUCUGGUCUUCAGUCAUUUCCAAGAAAAAUAUGGCUCGGUGAAUCGGGAAAGGAACUGCUUCAAUGGCCAAUUGAAGAGAUUGAGACCUUGCGUGGGUCACAAGUCAGCUGGCACAACAAAGUUCUUAAGGCAGGAUCUACUCUCCAAGUUCAUGGUGUCACUGCAGCACAAGCAGAUGUUGAGGUAUCAUUCAAGGUGAGGAACUUGGAAAAAGCGGAUGUGAUGAAACCGAGUUGGACCGACCCGCAAAAGAUAUGUAGCCAGGAAGAUUCGUCGGUCAAAUCUGGUUUAGGGCCAUUUGGUUUAAUUGUUUUGGCAUCUAAUGACAUGGAAGAGCACACGUCGGUUUACUUCAAAAUCUUCAAGUCAAAUGAUACUAAUAAGAAUACUAAGUACGUAGUGUUGAUGUGCACUGACCAAAGCAGGUCUUCGUUGAAUGACGAAAAUGAUAAAACAACAUUUGGUGCUUUUCUGGCAAUAGACCCUUCUAACCAAGCAAUUUCUCUUAGGACUUUGAUUGAUCACUCUAUAGUGGAGAAUUACGGUGGAGGAGGCAAAGUAUGUAUAACCUCAAGAGUGUAUCCAAAAUUGGCAAUUGGAGAAAACACAAAUCUCUUUGCCUUCAAUAGAGGAACUCAAAGUGUUGAUGUUUUAAGCCUAAGUGCUUGGAGCUUAAAGUCUGCCCAAAUCAACGACGAGUCAAUGUCACCAUUUAUCGAAUAUGAAGAUUCUCACUCACUUAACCAAUUUUGAUUCUCGAGUGGAACAUUUUAUAUUUUAAUUUACGGGAGAAAUAAAAUUCUUGAAACUUUUUCUGCUCCAUUCUAGCCACAAGACUCGGAUAAUUUCAUUUUAUUUUGUUUGUUAUCCUGUUUUUAGAGAUUAUAU